GGCCGGAGCAUGCACGAGUGUCCGUGUUCCUCUCGUCAUGCAGACGGACACUCGUGUGCUGUGUCCCUUCAAACCACCGUAUUCUUAGCGAUGAUCGAUCUUCUGCCUCGCGAAGGGCGCAUCAAAAAGUUCCGAAGUUCCCCAUAUAUCCGUGUGUCUUCCUUCCUGCGUGCACGAUUCAUGCAAUUGGCCAUGGAUGUCAAAAAACGCACAUAGCUACAUAAAAGAGACAUACAUAGAUAUGAAUUGUCCGGCAGACGGAAAAAUGACGAUAGCUGGACGUCGACAGGGUGGACGGACCAAUCUGAAGAGUCCAUCCACCAAUCGAGAUCGAUCCACUUAGCCAUCCAGCACCAAAACACCAAAACAGCUCUGUUUGUAGGUUUGUAUGUGGGUGUGCAUGCCAUGCAAGUAGGUAUGUAAGAAAACGCACCACGGUAUCGCUCUUGGACCCGCCUACACAGACAGACACGAAGCCACUCACACGCACACACACAUGCACACAUAUACACAUGCACACACACGCAUGUCUGUCAGUCAGAAGGUAGACAGACGCGACACACACGCCCAGCCCAAAUCCCGACCGCCAUGAGCCAAAAUGCUCGCACCACAUACACACAGAACACACAAAGGAGACUGCCACCGUACCGUGUUAGAGGGGUGGUUUGAUUUGGACCGGUCAUGUCAUGCGGCAGCCGGGCUGCCCGAGAAGGGCGGCUUGAUGCCCUUGGGGAUGGCGCUGAGCUUGUUAGAAUACUCCUUGACGUCAGACAGCUCCUGGUUGUUCAUCAGCUUCAGGUCGGCUAUGCUCAGCACUCCGUCCCCUACACACACACACACACACACACACACACAGACAGGCAUGUGUACAAGUGUGUGUAUGGUUCUGAAUGAGGUGUGUGUGCGUAUGUACCGUUUUUGUCGAAGAAUCUGAAGGUGCCCUGGAUGUUCUCGAGGUCCUCCCUGCUCACGAGUUUGGUCUUCUCCAGCAUGUAGAGCAGGAACUCCAGCUCGCUGACGGAGCCGCUGUUGUCCAGGUCAAUGGCGAUGAUCCUGAACACAAACGCACAGGCACACACACACAUGCAUUGAGCGAAUGUGUAGGCCGCGGGUGUGCUUUCGUGUGUACCGACCGACCGUUCGAGUGUGAGUGCCUUUCGGUAGAACAUCUUCCUGUCGGCCGCCUGCUUCCUCCCCACUAUCUCGCUCGUCACCUGCACAGGCAUACAGAGAGUAUCGGACGUCCACACGCAUCGAGAAUGCCCUCUCUCUCUCUCAUCCUCACCCCCUCCCUCACUGGCCCACUGACUUGACUUACCUGUCCAAUGACGUUUGAGGUCAUGAUGACGCCGAUGACGGCAUACAGCAUGCACACGCUCUUGGUCAGCGGAUGGCUCGGCACCAGGUCUGGACAAACACACAGAGAUAACCCGACAGAAUGUGGCAAGGCGGUCUCUCUCCUCUGUGUGUGUCUUGUCUGUCAGCGUCUGACCUCCGUAUCCGACGGAGCUGAGAGUGACAGUGGAGAAGUAGAGGGCCUGCAGGAAGCUCCAGUUCUCCAUAGCCGAGAAGAACGCCUGACCAACACACACGACGUCAGUGCAGUCAAGGCUCAGUGCGUCAGUCCAUCGUGUGGGUGCGUCAUCCACCUACCGCUCCUAGUAGGAGGAAGAUGAGUAUCUGUCCGAUGGCGAGGCCGAUGAGUGUGUUGUGGCUGACAGUCACAUCGCCGACCAUGUUGGCCGCAACCGUACCAAUGGCGAAAGAGAUUAGCGUGAUGCUGCACACCACACACACACACACGGACACUUGCACUCAGACACACCCGUCGCGGCCCUUGUGUGUGCCAUGUGCCACUCAGCCACCUGAUGAAUAUGUACACGAUUUGGAAGGUCAUCAUGGCGGAACUUUCGGGCUCCAAGUCGCCGUAGCCCACUGUCGUGAUCGUUAUCUGGAUGGAGCAGAUGUGACAGACAGACAGCACACAUCAACACUGCUUGUUCACUCACCGCCGAGAAGUACAGUGCAUUGACGAUGGGCCAUCCAGCAACGAAGUGGUACACACACGCCCUGACAUGACGAGCAAAGCAGGAGGAUGCUGAUUGUAUAUGGGCGUGUGAAAUGCGAUUUGGUUACCCGAACAGGAAGUGUGCAGUGAAGAGCCCAAACAUGAGAGCCGUGAACCCCCAUGACUUCAUCGUGCCCUACAUCCACCACAUCCACCCAUACACCCAUCCCGUGACCACCACACACUGCUCUCCCUCCCAAUAUGCGCCGUGCACACAGACUGACCUCAUAUUCCUCGUCCGUGCUCACAAGCGACAGCAUCGACGCCUGCCCGAUGAACGACUGCGUCACGCCCCGAGCAAACCCCCGCCAGCCUACCGGCCCUCGAGCUGCCGGGUGCGGCGCGUUGGUGAUGAGGGUGCGGACUGACGCUUCGGGCAUCGAUGUGGCUAUCGAUGUGGCUAUCGAUGGGGUCCCGACGAUCUCACCAUCCUGUGAGCACAGGGGUGAGAGGCACAACAAAGGAGUGGCUGAGUGUGUGGCGGUGCGACUGGUGAGCGUUUCCUUACAUCAAGGAAUGGCCUGCGGUUCUCAAUGUCGCCCGACAUCAAAUCAAUGCGCCUGCGAAGACCACGACAGAAGUGGAAUGCGUAGACGUCCAUCAUGAUGUUGUGCAGAGUGCAUGACUGACUGACUGUGAUGCGAUGCAUCACCCACCUGCGUGUCUGCUUGAGAGCUGGAGCUUCCAACAGAGAUAAUCUUAUCCGGUGCUUGCGCCGUCGAAUCCGUUGCGCUACGUCACGGAGCACUCACUGCUGCUCUCGACUGUCGCUCUCAGGUGAGAGAGAAAGUGUGUUCGACAGAUGCGGUGCUGAUCUUUUCUGCUGCUGAAUCAGAUCUUGCAAGAGAUCUCCCGGGAGUGAUAUCACG